AAUAGCCCACAUUUUUGUGGCAUCGGCAUGAAAUAGGAAUUUGAAGCCCUUUACAUCAGGUAUGUCGCUCCAACCACUUUGUCAAAAGCAGCACAUGAGUCAUCAAGGUCGACCUCUGCAUCUCGGACCGAACCCAACCUUCCAUCCGGUAGCGCCCGUUCUUAUUCGUAUCAAGGAUCCAUCGGCAGUUCAUCCACUUCGUUCCCAACUGCUGCCGUCAAGAGGCCUAUCAAUGGCAGUGGUACAGUGACGGAAUCCAGCGCAAAACGAGCCAAAACCAUUCUGCAGGCGCAAGACCAGAACACGCCCAAGGCCAACAAGGACACUUCCGAC